CGACUUUCGUUAUCACUGCUGAUAGGACAACAGUUUCGGCCGCGCCGCUCUCUGAUCGCCUGUGUACUUUCUCUUCAUUCUCUUGCUACCAUGGAGCCGAAAAUCAGCCUCAAGGAUGACCCGGCGUAUCAAACUCUACAAAGUUUUUACUGUCUGAACCACGAGAAAAUUAACAUUCAACAGCUAUUCCAACAAGACCCACAGCGGUUUGAAAAAUUCAGUCUCCGCCUGCCCACGCCCAAUGAUGGAGAGAUCCUGCUCGACUACUCCAAGAACCGAGUGGACAAUGCUGUCAUGGCGCUCCUCUUGAACCUGGCCCGUACCCGCGGCGUGGAGAAGGCUCGAGAUGCUAUGUUUGCAGGUGAAAAGAUCAACUUCACCGAAAACCGUGCCGUGCUUCACAUCGCCCUUCGUAACCGCAAGAAUAGGCCCAUCUUAGUCGAUGGAGCCGAUGUUACGCCAGACGUCAACGCAGUCUUGGCACAUAUGAAGGAGUUCUCGGGACAAGUCAUCAGUGGGCAGUGGAAGGGAUACACUGGCAAGGCGAUCACCGACGUGGUCAACAUUGGCAUCGGCGGCUCGGACCUCGGCCCUCUCAUGGUCACCGAAGCCCUGAAGCCCUACGCCAACCAUCUUAAGGUCCACUUCGUAUCGAACAUCGAUGGCACCCACCUGGCCGAGGUGCUUAAGCGCCUCAACCCCGAAACGGCGCUCUUCAUCGUGGCCUCCAAAACCUUCACCACGCAGGAGACCAUCACCAACGCCACCUCCGCCAAGAACUGGUUCCUCGAAAGCGCCAAAGACCCGUCAGCGGUGGCCAAGCACUUCGUGGCCCUAUCCACGAACGGUGAGAAAGUCACCGCCUUCGGCAUCGACCCUAAGAACAUGUUCGGAUUCUGGGACUGGGUCGGCGGCAGGUACUCUUUGUGGUCAGCGAUCGGUCUAUCUAUCUCCCUCUACGUGGGCUACGAUAACUUCGAGAAGCUUCUAGAAGGAGCCAGCUACAUGGACGAGCAUUUCUGCACCGCGCCGUUGGAUAAGAAUGCGCCCGUAAUACUGGCGCUGCUGGGUAUAUGGUAUAGCAACUUCCACGGCGCCGAGACUCACGCCCUUCUGCCCUACGAUCAGUAUUUACACAGAUUCGCGGCUUACUUCCAACAAGGCGACAUGGAAAGCAACGGCAAAUACGUAACACGGAGCGGACAACAAGUCAACUACUCCACCGGCCCCAUCGUGUGGGGAGAACCGGGGACAAAUGGACAGCACGCGUUUUACCAGCUUAUACAUCAAGGCACUAGAUUGAUCCCCUGCGAUUUCAUCGCCCCAGCGCAGACCCACAACCCGAUCGCCGGCGGGCAACACCACAAGAUCUUGCUGGCAAACUUCUUGGCCCAAACCGAGGCGCUCAUGAAGGGCAAGACAGCGGAAGAGGCUAAGGCAGAGUUAGAGAAGUCCGGCAUGGCCCCAGAAGCUGUGGCGAAGAUUCUCCCCCACAAGGUGUUCAAGGGCAACCGCCCCACCAACUCCAUCGUCGUGAAGAAAGUCACGCCCUUCGUUCUCGGAGCUCUCAUUGCCAUGUACGAACACAAGAUCUUCACGCAGGGCGUGAUCUGGGACAUUAACUCCUUCGACCAGUGGGGCGUGGAGCUCGGCAAGCAACUGGCCAAGGCCAUCGAACCAGAACUGGCUGACUCUAAGCCUGUCACGUCACAUGACGCGUCCACCAACGGCCUCAUCAACUUCUUGAAGCAGAACUUCGCUUAGAAGUAUGUACAUCGAAACUUGCUAUGUCUAUCUACAUCAGACAGAAAAAACCUUGACAUUUGAAGUCCCGUUUCUUGCAGGAAUAACAAUCGGAAUUCUAUUCUAAAUCUAUUUACUCUAAAUUUAAAACUCAAGGUCACGUUUUGGCUGGCAAUUUUAGAUCCCUGGGACUUAGCGGUUCUAUAAUAUCAGCUUCAGCGCUCCUUAACCUUUUGAACGCCAAAAACACCUAAAGGCGUCAUUACUAAUCGUGCCCACAGCGCCAUAAGUGUUAUGGCGCACGCUGUCAUAGUAACCUUAAUACUUUCAAGUAAGGUUUACAUUAGCUCGCUUGGGCUCGUGACCUUGGCGUGUGAGUGACUUUUUUGUUUAUAACUUAAAGCGUUCAAAGGAUAAUAAAAUGUCUACAACAUAAUUUAUAGACAGUAAUUAAAAUACUCUAUCUAAAUGUAAUAGAGCUAAUUAUCUAUUGUUCUCUCAAAUAAAUCCACUUCCGGCUGGGCAUGUUUCACGAAAAUUUGUAUCUUAUAAAAAUGACUGAGUCCCUUUCUAAAAGAACUUGGAGAAAAACUAUUCCGCUAGCUAGUGCUAUUUAUAAGUUAGAAGUUUUGUGAAACUGGUCUCUGUUGGUACCCACUAUGGAAUAAAUAUGUACUUAUAGCUUGUUUAUGGUACAAGCAGCAAUUAUAGUUAUAUUAUCUAUACAUUCUUGUCUAAGAGUAGGUGUUGCAUUCAAUAUUUUGCACUUACUGCCAUUUUGCUUUUCCCAAAAAAUGUAAGUAUAUUUUUGUUUUGAAACUAUUUAUUUUUGUGAAUGUCUUUACUAAAUAUAUUUUUCUGUUUCUUUUAUUGCUUCAAUGAAGUAUUACGUAGUAGCUGUUAAGUAUAACUGUAUGUAUGACACUAUAACAGAUCUAAAUAUAUUUUAAUGUAUGGCAUAUCUAGAAUGAUGCUUAGUUUGAUGUAUGUUGAUGUUGAUAUAAUUAAAUCGCUGUUU